AUCAAAUAUUUCUAAUUCAAAAAUGAGAUCAAAUCCUCUGCCACCGCUGCUUGGGGUGCUUGUGUAGGAACAACAACGGUCAUUUGCGAAUUUCGAACAACUCUUUCAAUAAAAGCAACAAAAAGAUCGAAACUUUACAGUCGUAGGAAGGAAAAAAAUGGUGAGAAAGCGAAGAGUUGUAGUGGGGAUCACACCAGAUCCAUGUGAGACAAAGAAGAAAACGAAAAGCAAGCGAAGAAAGAGACUUAGUAAGGAGGAGGAAGAAGAAGAAGAGGGAACACCUCUCAGAGGUAUAUUUUGUCUCAAAACACGACAAGAUAUGAAGAUUUUCGAAGAGAAAGAGGAUUGCUUUAUCCUCGAUUUCGAUCCCAACGAUUCAUUUGAUGCACGAAAGCUCUCCGAUAGCCCUGCAUCUGAAUGUGACGACGACGUGGCGAUUGUCCAUGAGAAAGGCCAGGUGGCUUGUAGGGAUUUUCCACAUCCAAGGCAUCUCUGCUUGAAAUUCCCCUUUGAAUCAAGUCAACACUCAUCACAUUGUAAUCAGUGUUACUGUUAUGUCUGCGAUGUGGUUGCGCCUUGUGCAUAUUGGACGGCUAGUUUUGCUACACCGCACUGUGAGGCAUUAGAGAACAGUAAAUGGAAGCCUAUACGCAAGUUGUACCGGGACCUUCCUGCUGCUGGCCUUCGUGUAACCACCAAGAAGUGAAGACUUCUCUCAUGUGGUGUUGAGAUUGAUGAAUAAGAGUAAUGUUGUGCUCUAUUUCCCUCAUCUUCAGCUGAAUAUUUCGUUUACUGAAGAAACUUUUUUUUUUUGUAAAAUCGGUUAUUGAGUUUCAUAUAUAAAUGAUUUUAGAUUUCAC